ACUAAUAAACUGAGAAAACUGAACCAAGACUUCGACAAUAGAAUCAAAUAUCGAUACAGCUCAUGGAUAAAGAUACUUACACUGCUGUGACGUUUUUUAAAAACUUUCUGGUUAAGCGUUAUGGUCAAGUGGCUUUAUACGUUCAAAUGAACAGGAAAACAUUUAUUUUCAAUCAGGCGAUAAAAGAGCAGACUCUUCCUUCUGUGGAUUAGAGACUUGCUUUAUUUUUUUGUAAGAAUAACUAGUUCAAUUCUGUAACACAAUCGAGCUGGUAAAAGGUAAUGAAGGAAAACUUCCUUUUCAGUAAUGAAAGUCAUUUGAACAGAAUUAAGACAUUAAAAGUUAUCAAUAUUUAUAGGUUGGCUCUGAAAUAAAUCUAGUUUCUAGAAUACACUUAAAACAUCUGGAACAGGUGCAAUUUAUUUUCAGUGCUAGCCAAACAUAGGAGUUGUAUCGUACAGUAUGGUGACAUGGUAGUUACUUAGAAACUUUUUUAAAAUUCGUGAUUUGAAAUUUGAUUUUCCGUGAACGAUGUUUUUCUGACUUCACGAUAUUGCUACGUUUCAAUUGCGUAAUAAUUUUUAUAGUAUUGUAUUAUGUGGGUUUCUUGGCAAUAUUUAAUUUAUUUUUGUGACUUGGUUCAACCGUCGGUUGAAGUAAACGGUAAAAAGGCUUUGUACUUUUAUACAAACCAAAUUUGCAUGAAAAUGGACAAAUUCAACAUCACCCUUCAUGACUUGCUGAAGGUGCUACAAAUCUUCUUCUUUGAGUUUUAUUUUAUUGGCUCGACACUCGGCUUAUUUGAGUAGCUCUGAAACUCAUUAUACCGUAACUCAACUCAUUCGGUACCAGAUCGAACCCACAAGAUCUACGCCUAAUAUUUUUCUUUUCGAUCAGAAAAGUAAUACUUUUCGCUGUUCCUCGUUUGACAAAUUCAUGUUAUAGUAGGAAAGAAAAAGAAUGGAUAUUUUAUACUGGGGUUCAUACCAAGCACUGAGUCACGGUGUCAUAAUUACGUGACAUGCAAUCGCGAUUACGGUUGAAAGACUGGAACCGAUUAUUCCAAAAUCCGCCAAAACUUUGACGUUAAUUUUCGCUUCCUCGGUUGAUGCCUGAGACAGUUGAAUUAUUUAUUGGGGUCGUAUAGACUAUAACAUAAUUUCUGAGAAUAAUGAUGAGCUCCGUAGCACGAAGAGGUCGUGGUAUUUUGGUGGUGUUCGAAGGCUGCGAUCGAAGUGGGAAAUCGACACAGUGUAGAAUGCUUGUAGAUUACUUGAAAUCGAUUGGAAGAGAUGUAGCUCAUUUGCGUUUUCCAGACAGAACAACGGCCAUAGGACAAUCUAUUAAUGAUUAUCUUCAAGGAACAACAGAGUUAGAAGAUCAUGCCAUUCAUUUACUGUUCUCUGCCAACAGAUGGGAGUCGGUACCAAGAAUAAAGCAACUAUUAGACAAUGGAACCUUUGUAGUUGUGGAUCGUUAUGCUUUUUCAGGAGUUGCUUUUACAGCAGCCAAGGGCUACGAUGUGACGUGGUGUAAGAAUCCUGAUCGGGGCUUGCCAGAUCCUGAUUUAAUAUUCUAUUUAGACAUCUCAACAAAAGAUGCACAAACUAGAGGAUCUUAUGGGGAGGAAAGAUAUGAGAAGGCUGAAUUCCAAGAACGAGUCGCUGAGAUUUAUGAACAACUUAAAAGUAAUGACUGGAAGGUGGUAGACGCUAUGAAAGACAAAAAUGAAAUUCAUGAGGAGAUACGGAAUACUCUUCUUGAACUUGAAGAACAAUUCAGCAAGACACCAUUGAAACGUCUUUGGACAAAUGAAAGCUGAUUGCUGGCAACUAAUUUAUAUCGAUGUUGUCUUGAAGAACUUGGAGAAGAAAUGACUCUAAGGAUCAAAAUAGAUAAGGAUAUCUGUGGGAGAUACCUGUGAAAUUCUUGGUUUGAUAAUUGAACGCACGUGAAUAAAUUGAGGAAGAAAAA